AUGAGGCUCUUCAAGUCGAACACAGAGGCUACGCAAGAACCAGACUUAGAUCUGGCUGCGGAAACAGGCCAUGUCGAGAAGAAUCCGCUGCCCGUUCACAAUGAGGGCACUGCUCAGCCGCUCUCCAUCGAUCAUCAUCUGGAGCGGCAAGUCGUCCGUAAACUGGACAUUAAUCUCGUUCCGCUGGUGAUGGCCCUAUACCUUUUGGCCUUCCUUGAUCGGUCAAAUAUUGGGAACGCUCGUAUUGCUGGAAUGAGCGACGAUCUCAACCUCAUUGGAGACCGCUACGACUGGCUACUCACGAUAUUUUACAUCCCGUACAUCGUGUUCGAGUUUCUCGGCAUAAUGUGGAAGGUCGUGCCGCCUCACAUCUGGGCUACCUUUGUCGUCUUCCUUUGGGGGCUCGUGUCCUCUCUACAGGCAGUAGUUCAAUCCUGGGGAGGCGAAAUGGCCCUCAGAUUUAUCAUGGGAGCCGCCGAAGCAGCGUACGGGCCAGGAAUCCCAUAUCUUCUCUCGUUCUUCUAUCUCCGCCACGAAUUGGGAUUUCGAUGCGGGGUCUUUCUCUCUGCUGCUCCCCUGGCAAACACCUUUGCAGGAGCUCUUGCAUACGGCAUAACUUCAGGACAUCCCUCAAUCGCAAAAUGGAGAGUCUUGUUUCUCGUGGAAGGACUGCCGACCAUCAUCAUGGCAGCCGUUGCCUUCUUCUACCUCCCGGAUUCUCCAGAAAAGGCCAAGUUCUUGGAUGAGGAUGAGAAGAGGGGAGCAAUGGCGCGAAGCGUUCGACAAGCCGGCACUUCAAGGAGGAUAGGCGGAGUCGACUGGAAGGACUUCGGCAGAGGACUGAUUGAUAUCAAGGCCUGGUUCACGGGUCUCAUGUAUUUCAGCUGUAACGUCAGCUUCGCUUCUCUUCCAGUUUUUCUGCCGACGAUUCUCUCAGAGAUGGGCUUCUCUGAUGUGGCUGCCCAGGGUUUGACAGCCCCUCCAUUCUUUCUCUCUUUCCUCGUUACUCUCGUCACGCCGUACAUUGCCGAUCGGACUCAGCAACGCGGGCUGAUGCUCAUCGUGUUGACGAUAAUUGGUGGCGUUGGCUAUGUCAUCUUGGCAACGGCCGAGUCCGUCGGAGCUCGCUAUUUCGGCGUCUUCAUGGCAGCGGGCGGUAUUUUCCCUUCCAUUGCCAACAUUCUUCCCUGGGUGCUGAAUAACCAAGGAAGCGACACUCGCCGAGGGGCGGGGAUCGUUCUUCUGAAUGUCAUCGGGCAGUGCGGUCCUUUGCUGGGCACCCGGCUAUAUCCGGCGCGCGAGGGACCAUUCUAUGUGAAAGGUCAGUCGAUCUGCGCUGCUUUCAUGUUCUUCACAACUCUGCUGGUAAUCGGUCUGCGAACCUUGUUGGUUUGGGAGAACAAGCAGCUGGAUAAAAAGUACGGAACCAUCGAGGAGCAGAAGGCGAGGCUUUCAGAGGCGGAAAGGAGAGGCGAAGAAGCCGAUCCAGUUCUGGCUGUCGAGAAUUACGGGCCAAUGUUCAGAUAUGUGCUAUAG